CUGAGGACAAGUGCAGCAUGAGGAUCUCUGAAUUCUGCCUCCUGGUUUGCCUGACUGCAGUGAGAUCCUUGGCCCAGAAUGAAGAAAAGCCAAAGGUGACACUAAAGAUAAGUAAGGAGAAGAAACCAGUGUAUGUUGGAGACACAGUGACCCUGGAGUGUAGCAUUAAUAGUGACAAGAGUGACUCUACAGGCUGGAAAUAUGUGUGGUACAAAAAUGGGCAGGUGUCAUCACGGGUCCAGCAGAUUGAAGAAGUCACAGUGACUCAGGCUGGCAGGGCACAGUACCAGUGUGGUGUUCAAAGAGGCGAUGAUGACAGUAACACCUACAGUAAACGUGUCACACUGACUGUGUUGGAGCGGAGUGUCAAACUUGAAUUGAAGCCAGAUGGAGAGAUAUUUGAAGGAGACAAGAUUAGCCUGCACUGUCAGCUUGAUGGAGAUCCUGUUGGGUGGACAUAUGAGUUCUACAAUAGAGAAGCUCUGCAAGUGACUUUGUCAGUGUCUCCUAGUAGUUCUGUGAAGGAGGGAGACUCCCUUAACCUGACCUGCACAUGGACUGGAGGUAAAAGCUCUGCCUUAAAAUUCGCCUUCAGCUUCCAAAGAAAUAAGGUGACUGUGAAGAACAACAAUACAUCUGCAGUGUUUAGAAUCGAGCAGGCUGAUGAAAGCCAUGCUGGGAGUUACGGGUGUGCUGUACAAUUACCAGGAGGAGGGAAAUCAUACAGCAAUGAAAUAGAGAUUCAAGUACAAGUGGAUUAUUCGACAGAGAAUGUCAUUCGGCUGGGAUUAUCUGGUCUGGUGCUGAUUGUUCUACUGAUCUUGGUGAGAAAAUAUUUCUGGUUCAGAGUGCUGUCUACUUCCAGAUCCAAUGAAAUGGCCUGUGCUUCAGACCAGCAGCAGUGAGAAGGUGGCCUGAAAUUGCGAAUAAAAUUGAAAUGACAUUUCUUGGAACAUCCAUUGUAUUAAACUCUGGGAUUAACUAAGGCAAUCUUG